CAGGCCCAAUGAAAAGCCCAUUAGACUAAAAUAUGAGCAUAUUUACUGCAAAGACGAUUUAGCCGGAGCCCAUUCAAGUAGCUGAGGUUGUAGAACUGUUGUGAAAUUAGGGUUAGGGUUUUUGAGAUUGAUAAAUUGGUUGCAUAAUCAACGAAAAGAGAUACAGAGUAAAACAGCGACAAUGAUCUACGACGUGAACUCGCAUCUUUUCCGAUCAUUCCUCAGCCAGAAGGGAGGCCCCUCUGAUAAGAGGAAAAUGGAAGAUAAGCCCAAGGAACCUAGAUUUAAAGCCAACGAGAACAAGCCUGUGAUGACAGAGUGAUAGCAGCUCAAAAUGUGAACUCUUCUACAAGGGAUAGGGUGGUGGUGGUGGUGGUAGGCUUUUUGAACGUUGUGAAAUGUUACUAUAAUCGUGUUUGGUUGUUAUGUUUUAUCAUAAGCUUGUUAUGACCAACUUUAAUAGAGAACCUUUACAACUCUAAAGUAAUUUUAGACAUCUAUAUCUUCUGUCCUCCUUCAGUUUUACCUUAUUGUAACUUACAAGUUGCUUUAACAUAAAGGCAUAAUCUGAAUCUUCUUAA